AUGCCGGUCAAUCUAGGGCGGCUCAAGGAAUUGAUCCUGAAAAGAGCAAGAACAACGAGAAACAAAAAGCGACAAACAGCCGAUUGCAAGGCAAGACAAAGAAAAGAAAGAUCAAGGCAGACAAGAAAGACGAGGCCGAGGGAAUCCUUGGGCCAGGACGUGAGGCAGAAUAAUAAACUCGAGGCUGGCAUCGAGGGACCGGCCGGUGUUGACCCGCGGGACACUGCCGUCGCCGGGGCAACGGGCAGAAGAUCGCCCGAUCCCGCGCCCGGGCGACAUGUGACUGGUCAAGGGCGCCAUCCCCCAUCGGGCUUAGCGCCGCUGCCCUUACUCCGCGUCUUGGCGUUUGCUCCUUGCCGAUCCAAGCUAAUUUUUUUUGUCCGAUCCUCAGCCAUCCCUAUCGCCUCGACAGUUCCUCUGCGGCCUGGCAGCAUGUUCGUCUCCAGGUCUGUCUGUCGGUUCUCGCGGUCCGUGGUGUCUCUGCGGAUGCGUCGAAAGGCUGCGAGGAUGAUGCUGUCGCCCGAUGUCGCCAAAGCCGAUCUGAAGCGGGAAAAGCGGGCUCGCAGCGAGCAAGGCCCAUGGGGGAAUCUCAACCAGACAGAGGCUGACAUCCGUGGAGAGCCCAGGGCCCGGUCCCAAGCGGAGAUCAAGCGGGCUACGAGGGGACGAGAGGAGGAGUCGGAGAAUAAAGAGUCACCUCUAUACAAAGCGCUCAAGAUGCAGACGGCACUGGCGCCCAUGAACUACGGCCUGAGGAUGGCCAUCAAGGAACGGAUUGCGAACAUCACCAGUUUUGACCAGUUUUCUCUCCUGCCGGUUGUGCGAGAUUCGAUCUUUACCCAGGCGCUGCCCGGCCUCGUCGACGUCACUCCCUCCCCCAUCCAGCGUGUUGCAAUUCCAGCAUUACUGGAGACGGUUGACAAGAAAAAGAAAGUGGAAGACGCGGAGGAGGGAGAGCCGACAUACCGUCAAUACCUCCUGGCGGCGGAGACUGGGUCCGGAAAGACGCUUGCUUAUCUUGUCCCGGUGAUCGAUGCCGUCAAACGGGCGGACCUGGCUGAGCAGGAAGAGCAAGCGCGGAAGGAGAAGGAAAAGGAGGAAGAGAAUGAGAGAAGAAAAAGAGAGCGGAUUUUUGAGCUCGAGCCCCCGCCGCUUUCGGAGAACCUCACCACGAAUGCAGGACGCCCUCGGGCGAUCAUUCUGCUCCCGACCUCGGAACUGGUGGCUCAGGUUGGCGCCAAAGUGAAGGCGUUCUCACACACGGUCAAGCUCCGUACUGGCCGCAUCUCCUCGGCGGAUUCGGCACGUAAGAUCCGCAACAUUGUGUUCAACCCGAAAGGGAUCGACAUCCUGGUCUCGACGCCGCACCUGCUGGCCUCGAUUGCGAAGACUGAUCCGUACGUGCUCAGUCGGGUGACACACCUCGUUGUCGAUGAAGCAGACUCGCUCUUGGACCGGUCAUUCUCACCGACGACCAUGGAGAUCAUCGACAAGGCCGCCCCAUCACUCGAGAAGCUCAUCCUCUGCUCGGCCACGAUCCCUCGCAGCAUGGAUUCGUUCCUUCGCAAGCGGUAUCCGGACAUCCGGCGCCUGGCGACGCCCAAUCUGCACGCGAUUCCCCGUCGAGUGCAGCUCGGCGUCGUGGACAUUGACAAAGACCCGUAUCGGGGCAACCGGAGCCUGGCCUGUGCCGAUGUGAUCUGGUCGCUGGGCAAGGCGGGCGACGGCGAAUCGCGGGGCCCGUUCGCGUCGUACAUGGGCCCGAACGAGAAGAAGAUCAUAGUGUUUGUCAACGAGCGAGAGGAAGCGGACGAGGUGGCCAAGUUCCUGUACGCGAAGGGGAUUGACGCCGUGUCGUUCAACCGGGACUCUGCGGACCGCCAGAAGGAGAUCCUGGCGCAGUUCACGGAGACCAAGCCACCGCCAACUCCGGAGGAGAUCAUGGAAGCACAGCGAAAGCGUCGACUGGAAGACUCGUCGAUCCCGUUCGAGAUGCCCGGGAAAGAGGCCAAGGAGACGGGGCCGACGAAGAGGCUGCCCAACACGAAGGUCCUGGUGACGACGGAUCUGGGGUCUCGAGGGAUCGACACGCUGCCCGUCAAAACGGUGAUCCUGUACCACGUGCCGCACACGACGAUCGACUUCAUCCACCGGCUGGGCCGGGUCGGGCGCAUGGGCAAGCGUGGACGCGGCAUCGUGCUGGUGGGCAAGAAGGACCGCAAGGACGUGGUCCGUGAGGUCCGCGACGCGAUGUACAGGGGGCAGGCAUUGAUCUAG